UCAAAAAUUAUAUAAAAAUGAAAUUUGUAAUUUUUAUUUUUGUAAUUUUUUUGUUCAAAAUUGUUGAAGGAAAUGAACGAAGUAUUCGAGUAUUGCCUCCAUUCUAUUUAACUGUUCCAGAAUUUAAAAAAUGUUUAGAAAGCAAGGAAAUAAACGGCGACCAUGAAGUUUGGUGUUUCCCUGAAGAUAUACCUGCUGGCUGCGACCCUAAAUCAUGGAAACAAUUAAAAGAACAUCAAGAGAAGGAUGGACUUAAGCAAUGUUGUGAUAUUUGA